AUGCCUCCACAAGGCCAGCAAUCGGAAUCUUGGGUGCUGAAUGAGACGGAUUUAAACAAAGACGCCGACACACCGAUCGUCCCACCCUCAGCUGAGAAAAGAAAACUUCAGAUAGUCUGGCGCAAUGUGAUACUUUUCGCAUUAUUACACAUAGGAGGAGUAUACGGCGCCUAUUUGUUUUUCACGCAGGCUAUGUGGUCUACGAGAUUAUUCGCUGUUGUCCUAUAUUUAUGUUCCGGAUUGGGCAUAACGGCCGGUGCACACCGACUUUGGGCUCACAAAUCAUACAAAGCCAAGCUCCCUCUACGAAUGCUGUUAACACUCUUCAACACAAUCGCAUUUCAGGAUUCUGUAAUAGACUGGGCCCGUGACCAUCGUAUGCAUCACAAAUACUCCGAAACUGACGCUGAUCCUCACAACGCGACCCGAGGAUUCUUUUUCUCCCACGUUGGAUGGCUGCUUGUCAGGAAGCAUCCAGAGAUAAAAGCAAAAGGCCACACGAUCGACAUGAGUGACCUCAAAUCUGAUCCUGUUCUGCGAUUCCAGAAGAAACACUACCUUGUACUCAUGCCUCUAGCCUGCUUCAUUCUGCCAACUUACAUUCCCACUCUGUGGGGUGAAACAUUAUGGAACGCGUAUUUCGUGUGCGCUAUAUUUAGAUAUGUAUACGUCUUGAACGUAACUUGGCUGGUAAACUCUGCAGCUCACAAAUGGGGCGACAAACCAUACGACAAGAACAUAAACCCAGUAGAAACUAAACCGGUUUCGUUGGUCGUACUGGGAGAAGGCUUUCACAACUACCACCAUACCUUCCCAUGGGACUACAAGACCGCUGAAUUAGGACAUUACCAGCUAAACUUUUCGAAACUAUUCAUCGACUUCAUGGCAACAAUUGGUUGGGCCUACGAUCUUAAGACGGUAUCAACUGACGUCAUUGAGAAGCGUGUUAAAAGGACUGGUGACGGUUCGCACAAAGAAUGGGGCCAAGAAAUCAAAGAAAAAGUUAGUCAGGAAUAA